CUCCAUUCUCCCAUCAACAAACUCAGUAAUCAUCCCAAAUUCCCAUCCACAACAAAAUCACAAACACAGAAGCCAAAACCCUCAAUGCCCUGACAAGAAGUUCAAAGGUUUUUUCUACUCAUGGUACUUGUACAAUCCUCCAAACUCUCUCUUCCCCCUUCCGUUUCAGCUACAAAAUCCCUUCUUUUUGAACCAAACUCUCUUUCUUUAGCCUUAAUGCACACUGAUUCCUCACUUUCCCUCUUUCCUUCCCUUCCCUUCCCUUCCCUUCCCUCUCUCCCUCCAAAACCCCAAACCCUAGUUCCCUCCCCUUCCUCUUCCUCUUCUUUCCUUCUCAUCCACCAAGACCCUAUCCCUAAAGUCCUCUUUCUUGUUGCUGGCCCAUAUAAAGGCGGGUCUCAGAUUCUCUUAAGGUUCCAUGUUUUACAAAAUGACAGCUUUUUUUAUAAACCCCAAGUUGUUUGCAAUCAAAAGGGUCUUGCUUUUGAUUCAAAACUUGGUGUUUUGCUGGAUAUAAAUCAUGGGGUUUCAAUAAAGAUUGUUGGGUCUAUUAAUUUUUUUGUGCUGCACUCAGUUUCUAGCAAGAAAGUUUGGGUCUUUGCGGUGAAAAUUAUUGAUGAUGGUGAUGGUGAGAUGCUGAAAUUGAUGAGGUGUGCGGUGAUUGAGUGUAGUGUGCCUGUUUGGUCAAUAAGUGUUUCUUCUGGAGUCUUGAUUUUAGGGGAGGAUAAUGGGGUCAGGGUUUUUAAUUUGAGGCAGCUGGUGAAAUGGAAAGUUAAGAAAGUCAAGGGUUUUGAUUCGAAUGGGAAGUUGGAUCGUAAAGGAUUGAAAUCGUCAAAUGGUGACGGGGAGGAUAAUGGGGUCAGUUCAAGUUCCGGGAAUGCUUGCAAUGGUGCGUUGGAUGGGAAGACUGAUAAACAUUGUGUUUCUGUAAAACAGAGAUCUGUAAGAUGCAGCCAAGACUCUGGUGAAGGGGGUGCUUGUUUUGUGGCAUUUAAGAGGGAGGCGACUGAGGGCAUGAAACCUACAACUUUGAAGGCAGUUUCUAUACAGGCAUUACCUCCCAAGAAAUUUGUGAUUUUGGACUCUAUAGGAGAUUUACAUAUCUUGUGCCUGUCUGCCCCUGUUGUUGGACCAAAUGUCAUGGCUCACAUGAGGCAGUUGCCCCAUAGUAUGAAAGUGCAAAAGCUGGCUGUUUUUCCAGAUUUUUCCUCGAAAAUGCAAACUUUUUGGGUAUCAGAUGGGCUCCAUUCCGUGCACACGAUAACUCUAUCCAACAUGGAUGCUGCUGUCAAUACAAACAAUGGAGAUGUGACCCAGGAAAAGUUAAUUCGGAUCACAGUUAUUCAAGCAAUUCUUUCUGCUGAAAAGAUACAAGAUCUUAUACCUUUGGGUGCGAAUGGUAUUUUGAUUCUUGGACAAGGAAAUAUAUAUUCAUACACAAUUCCCUGAAGUUGCUUGGCACUUGGAACUUAUCUAUCUUUUGGUGGUGAGGAUCUUAUUGCGUUUCUUCUUAUAUCAUAAAUCUUGCUUUAUUUCUUUAUCCUCUAACCAUCGAAGUGGAAUGCUGUGUAGGAAAUCUAUGCUCCAUAUUUGUCACAGUUAUAGUGGUUUCCUUUCCUGGAUCAAUGUUCUUAAACAUUGACUACCAUGCAUUCUCUCUGAUUACCAAGGUUUUUCUUGUCCUUGUGUUGCUGAAGUCGUGAGCUGUAGUUGUUUCUUGUGUAUAUUGGUGCACAAGAACUCAAAGACAUUGAGCUCGUGAAGAACCAACUUGUCUUGGAUCUUGAAAAUGGACUCUUUCAGCAACUGAAAACCACAUCUGCUGCACAGCCAGCUGAAACCUCUUAGCUGCAGAUACAAUGGUUUAGUUUGCGCCUGCUGUGGAGUUUGGUUCAUGUCUUAUGCUGUUGAGCUGAAGACCGAACGAACUGAGAAUGCCAUGAAGAUGUGAAACAGCUUGGCUUGUUAUCAUGUUGCAAGAUAGAACUCACUUUUAUGACUUUAGUAUCAACAUUUAUAUGGGGUGGGUUCCCGUAGAGGCUUGUGGCUCAAUUUGUGCUUGUGAUUUCAUUUUUCCUGAUUAUGUGUGAAAUGAUUCUGUGGUUGUUUUAUUUGGAUAAACCUUACAUUCGAUGAACAUUCUCUUGUAAUAUUUGGUAGUCACAGCAGUCAUCAAUAUGUUCCAAGAGGUUUUCCCUUUCA